AUGUUGAUAAUGGAUUAUGCGGAAGGUGGAGAUUUACAUAAUUAUUUGCAAAAGAAUUUUAUAAACAUUACAUGGAUUGAUAAAAUAAAUAUUUUAAAUGAUAUUUCAUCUGGACUUCAUGGUAUUCAUAGAAAUAAUUUUAUACAUCGAGACUUUCAUAGUGGAAAUAUAUUAUUAUCAUUAUGGAACAUAGACUAUUUAGACGAUUGGCGAAUUGGGGACUUAGGAUUAUCACAACCUGCAAAUAAUACUUUAUCAAGUAAUGAAACAUACGGAGUAAUACCUUAUAUCGCACCAGAAAUAUUUAAAGGUGGUACAUUUUCAAAAGAAACUGAUGUAUAUAGUUUUGGUAUGAUAAUGUGGGAACUUACAACAGGUUGUAAACCUUUUGCUAAUGUUGAACAUGAUAUUCAUCUUAUUUAUAAAAUUCUUGAUGGAAAGCGGCCUGAAAUUACAAACGAUACUCCUGAAUGUUUUGCUAACUUAAUGAUAAGAUGUUGGGAUUCUAAUCCUUCAAAAAGACCAACUAUAGAUGAAAUCUAUGGUUCUGCUAUCGAUUGGAAAUAUAUGUGUAGUUAUUUUUAUGAUAUGCCUCUAUUAUUUGAAAUUAUUGAAGAAUUUCAACAAGCUGAAGAAACAAGAUUGGAAUUAACACAGUUAAAGAAACUUGGUCCUGAAUUUAGUGAACAGUCUCAUCAAAAGGCAAUUUAUACAAGUAGAGCAUUAAGCUCUUUUAUUUCUAAACCUAUAAAUUUAUCUUCAAUGACUUCGUCUAAUAUGAAGCAAGGUAUAUUAUAUUAUAAUUGA